CUUAAAAAUCGUUUUUUCCUCACUUUUCUUCUUACAUUCUUCAGUCUUCUUCUAUUAAGUCUCCCCUCAUUUCCUCAUCUUCUACAAAACCCUUUUUGUGUUUUCAUCUUUAUACAAACAUGGAUACCCAAGAUCAGAGCAAAACCACCACCUCUUCAGGGCAUAUUUGCCAUAGAUGUGGGUGGCCGUUUCCGAAGUCACACCCCAGUUCUAAACAUAGGCGAGCACAUAAGAGAAUCUGUGGAACCAUUGAAGGGUAUCCUAAGCUUAUUGAUUCAGAAGCUGUUUCAGACGAUGAACACUAUUCUGAUGAAGAAGAUAUUGAAAUAACCCCAAGUCCCAAGAUUGAGAAGAAGAUCAUUGACGAAAGAUCCUCUAAAUCCGAAGACGAUUUGUUUUCAGAUGCAGUAACAGAGUUUUCCGAUGGUGGAUUCAGUACCCCAGGUGCAGAAGAGCGAUUCUUCGAUACUACCAAGCUGUUAUUCAGUCCUGUAGAGCUUAUAAAAGGUGAUGACAAUCUCGAGGUUUUUCAAACCCCAGAUACCGAAGAUAAAAACGGGCCCCACUCCCACAAAGAUAAAAUCAAAUUGGUUGAUGACGUGGCACCUUCUAAAUCUGACGUGGCACCUUCUAAAUCUGACAAGGAUCAAGAGAAAAAAGAAAAAGAAGAAGAAGAAGAAGCUGAAUAUAUACUCUCUGUUCCUAGUGAUAUACCUAUAGUAGAUCAAGCUGAGACUUUGUUACAAGAUUUCAAAAACCAUGAUAAAACUAUACAUUCUAAUGUGGAAGACAAGAUUGAAGAAAGUCAAACCUAUAAAAAUGGUGAGUCAACCAUGGAGUCUGAAAAAGUUGAUGAUGGUGUAUCGGUUUUGAAUGAAGAAUCGAAUCAUGAAAUUGUGAAAGAAUCUGAAAGUGAAAGUGUUAUUGAAUGUGAGGAAAAGAUAGUGGAAAGUGUAAUCGAAGGUGUUGAUUCAAAAGAUAGUGGCUCAAGUAGCCGAAAUAGUUUGGAAGCAAAUUGGGGUUCAGUUUCAGUGCUCUCAACGGCUUCAUAUGAUGUGGAAUCUAAAGAUAAAAGUCAAUUGGAUAAACAAGAUGCUUUUGAGGGACCUUUGAUGGAAGUAGAACCGAAUGAAGAAAAUGUUGACCAGAAUCAGGUCAAAGUCAAAGUCAAAGUGGAAGAAGAUUCUCAACCAUUAAAAUCUGAAGGUGUUUUGGUGGGUAAUAAUGAAAGUGAAGGAAGAAAGAGAAAUGAAGAGGCAAUAGCAAAAGUUACAAAUUGGAGUACAAGUGAACAAGCUAGUGGUGCUUUAAAGAAUCUUGUAAGUGUAAGUGAGGCGAAAUCAUUGAGUCCUAAAGAAUUGAAGAUCCAAAAAGAUGAUGAUGAGGUUGAGGUUGUUGAGAAAAUUAGUGAAGUUGGAAAGUCAAACUUGGUCAACAAUGAGAAAAUUAGUGAAGUUGGAAAGUCAAACUUGGUCAACAAGGAAACGUCUCCACCUAAAUACAUUGGUGAGGGAAAGAAAGUUAGGAAGAAAGCUAAGGGAAAAGUGUCAUGGGUGCCUUUUGCAUGUUGUUCUUCUAUAAAUGUUAGUUAAAGGAUCUUGAUGAUGAUGAUGAUAUGAACCCUUUGUAAAGAGUUGCUUUUUGGUAUACAUAUGCUAUUUCAUCACACCUAUUUUGUUAAUUUGGAAUCUCUAUGUGGUUUAAUUUUUGUAUUUGUAUAUUUGAAGGUUAAAUUCAAGAUGGAGGAAAAUACUUUGAUU